UGAAUCAUUAAAUAAAUGUCAACCUUAAAAUUCUCGUGGGAGAAGUUUUUCGUGAAAAAUUAAAAAUAUUUUGUGGAAUGUCUGAGCCAAAAAGUGUACGUGGAGUAUCGCGAAUAGUGAAAAAACUAGACAGUGCCCUAGAAGCCCAGAAUUAUUAUGAGGCACAUCAGAUAUAUCGGUCAAUAUACUACAGAUUUUGUGCCCAGAAAAACUAUGAAGAACUCUUAGGAUUGCUAAAAAAGGGGAUCCAGUACUUUAUAGACUACGGUCAGAAGACUAUAGUGGCAGAUCUCACAUCCCUUGUGGUUGAUGUGCUGGAAAAAACCACUCCCCGCGAGGAACAAGAUCAUGUGGAGUGGAUUAAGAGACUGGGUGCAAUUUUGAAGGAAAUUGGACCAAUUGUCGAGAGGGAGGCUCUUCUUGCCAAGAUUAUCAAGUGGAGCAGUAGUGUGAAUACUGGAGGAAAACUAGGCCACCCAAUGGUACACAAAGUCGUCGGUCAAAUUAUGUGGCUAGAGAACAACCUAGAACAAGCCAAGCAUCACUUUCUUCUGUCCAAGGAUGGCGAAGGAUUCGCUCAGAUGCUCAUUCAAAUGAGCAUUACAAAGGCCUAUCGGGGAGAAAUAGACCUCAUCAUUGCCCAGGUCAUUCUUCAGCAGUUGUGUUUAAAGGAAGAACCCACAGCUCAGCAGACAUUCAAGACCUACACAAAACUACAUCCCAAAAUUCUGGCUGAGCAGCCUCCGUAUUCCCUGCCACUGCUUAAUUUUCUAGCCUUCCUUCUAAAAUUGGCAAAAAGUGGCAAACUGGAGAGUUUCAAGACGCUCUGUGACCUCUAUAAACGUUCCACUGACCGAGAUCCAUCCUAUGAGAAGUAUCUACAGAAAAUAGGGACACUUUACUUUGGAGCUCCAGUUCCGCAACAACGCUCUCAUCAUGGACUAUUUGGCGAUUUGGUCAAUCAGUUCUUCCAGGGUUUGGAUGAUGAGCCUUCUUCAUCCACAAAUGCCUCAAGUGCAGUCAACGACCUGGAUUAAUUGGCAUUAUUAGCGGGUGAUAUUUGUAUUUGGUUGCAGCAAUGAAAAUAUAAUGACAUUUCCCGACAAA